AUGCCAUCUCGUUCGAGUAAACAUGUCUCCGUGUUGAGCCAGUCUAAUGCUCCUUCUUCUCGUAACGUAAAGCAAGUAGCACGCAAUGGACCAGCGCAAGAAUGUUAUGACUUUGACAUGCCUGGUACACCGCCCAUUGACGAACAAAGUCGACGAAUGUGGGGCGAAGCGACUACGAAACAGACCGAAGCACAACGUCUUGUAGAGCAGGAAAAACUACAGACUGAACAUCAACACGUGGCACGUCGUGCCGCUGCUCUUAUCAUCCAACGACUCGUACACUGUUUCCUGGCUCGAACGAGAUUAUCAACACGUCUUAGUGCCGUCGGACGCCCUGUGGAGCUUCGAAUCAUGGGAGUACAGAGUCUUCAGCUUCUUUGUGAUUAUCGCAACAUUACAUCGGUCUAUUGCAAUGUGCGCGUGCUUAAGAAGCCAUUUGGACCCUUUAUGUUUCAUUUUUCAACGAGUAAAUGCACGAAUAUAUGUUUGCCAACAUGGACGGACACGUUCUUCGUUCCCAUGUUGUCCAGCAAGUGCGACAUUGUCGUGACGUUGAUUGGCGUCACUAACACUGGUGGGUUCCGGUUCUUAGGACAAGCAAUUGCACCUAUGGAGCCUGGAUGGGAAAACAAGACGAAGAUUGGUGCAUCACUUGCUAAAUGGAAGUUUCCAGUAGAAGAGGGUGUUGUGGGACUGAAUCGGUUCGCAAAAGGCACGGUGGAGCUGGAAAUUAAACCCAUUUCGUCUCGGAUGCCGUGCAAAUCGGGCCAGUUUCUUUUGGCGCCGCCUAUUACAACGCGGGCGAGGCGAUCCUUCUCCUUCUGGACCAGAAAGGUGUCGAGUAACGGUCCGUUGGCUUCUCCUAUACCGGUGACGCCAAAGAAGACACCAACAAGCUCCCCACCUUUGCAGAAGACGGUGGCAACACGUUGGGGCGUUCUCACGGACACAAGUUUUUACCUUUUUGACAACAAAACCGCUAACCUACUGACUAGUUUGGAUUUGGCCAAGUUGCAGAUGAUCAAGUCCAGUCCGCAGCCUAAGAGCGAUCCGAGUCGACUGUAUCCUUUGAAACUUUACGCAAGGGGUAUUAUGUACGUGCUGUAUGUGUCGAGUUACGCGCAGCAGCAGUCAUGGGAGUACAAGAUUAACCUGCAUCGACGUGAAUUACUGAUUCCGUAA